AUGGACGACGACGCCUCGACCCCGACGCCAGCCCAAGCAACGCCUACAAUGCCGGCAGUAGCAGUCGCAGCAGCAUCACCACGAACAAGAACGCCGACACCUCCAUCACUCCCUCUCGAGCGCUCCAUAUCCCAGCGCAGCGUCAGCGUCGCGUCAGUACGCAGCAGCAGUCGGUCCACGACCCUCCGGACCCGCUCAAAGCGCCUUCCGUCCCACGUCUCGAGCUCGGCCAGCUCCAUCAUCGCCGCCGACGACAAGUCUCUGACCAGCUUUCCCUCGCUUUCGCCCGAGUCGCCCAAACCAGUGCGACCUUUCGCAGACCAGGAGCCUACUGCCUAUGCUGGCGCGCCGCGCACCGCAUCAGGCGCCGUGUCUGUUGCCGAGUCGGAUGCGCCUUUGAGCCUACCAGAUGAUACCUUGACAGAGGGCGACGUGACGGCGCCGCCAGCGCUGCCGACGAGGCCAUCACAGUCUGCGCGCUCUGCACUCUUCGAGGACUCGCCCAUCGCAACGCAGAAAAUACCCGGCGCGCUCCAUACGGCCGAUGACGAGCACCUCGAUCGUCUCGUGAAGCGACAUGGUGCAAAGGAGCUGGUACGCAUGAUUGCCACCGACCUGGCGCACCGAGAUGCGCAGAUUGCCCUCCUGCGAAGAAAAGCCGACGAAAGGGAGAGAGCUCUGCGAAAGAUCAUAUUGGAAUGUGGUUUGUCGAAUCUGGAGCUUGAAACGAAACUGAGAGCUGUCGAAACAGAGAACAAAACAAGCAGACCAGGCAACCACCGAGCCGAGAGCGGCUUGUCCGACCUCAUGAGCGAUGCCAUGCAGGAUACCGUGACUCAGAACGUCUAUGGCCAGACCGAUGCCGAAGGGACCAUACGGGCAACGAGCCUCUCCCUGGCCUCAAACGCCGAUCCUGGCACCAAUAAGGGCACCACCCGUGGGUGGAAGGAUUUCCUCUGGGGUGGUAGCAAGAGGGGCAGCGUUGCCAGCAGCAUCAACGGCGACGAUCCGCGAUCCAAGACGAUCGUUCGCACGCAGUCCCAUGCUGACCGCAGGCCUGGUCUCCAGGAUGAUCUCUUCAACCCACCCCCGGACACGACCUCUCUCCGAAGCGCGAGCAGAGCCUCGAGCAUCAGCUCCGUCGCGCCUUCGCCCCGCAAGCCGUCAGGUGUCACGGCCAGCCUCCUGCGGCUCGUCGCUGGCGGCGCCAUGGCUGGGCGCGAUGUCGACCCCAUCAGGGGUCGUUCGAACAGCGCGACACACGCACGCCAGGCCCGGGCCUCGUCCUCUGCCAGCGGGCGCACCACCGGAUCGAGCCGUGCAGUAUCGAACCAGAGCAACCCUAAAGCCCUCAUGGCCAUGCAACGCGCCAUUCCAGCGGGCUUGGGCAGUUCCGCCACCGUGAGAGCUCCUCCCCAAGAACGCUGGGACACCAUGGUCGGUAGUCCACCGAACGUUACCAGUCGGCAGGAGAGCUAUGGACCUGUCGAGAUGGAUGCCAUCCUGCCCCCCGAGACGCAGCCGCCGACUCUCAACGUGCUGAACAGCAACCACCUCAAUGGAGAGCUCCUGACUGACCGUUUUGGCUUCAUCUACGAUCAACGCAGAAAGAAGCGCCAGCGCGAGGCCAACAAGCCGCCUCGUCGCCAUAGUAAGAGAGCCAGCCUUACUGAGAUGCUGACCAACGGCCGCCCCAUCAUCUCACCACCGAUGGAUGAACCUAGCAUCGCAGAAGAACGACCCGACAGUCCUUCGUCGACCGAGGAGCCUGCGGAGGACCGACCGAGGAAGUGGCAGGAUUAUUUGAAAAUGGCAACCUUUCCGACCGAACUUCUAUCUCACACGCCGGCCCUGAGCGCUUCAUCUCUGGAGGUGCUCGAAAGCUAUGACCAGCCCAAGUCUUCCCCAGGCCUCAUUGCAGACGAGAGGGGCUUCGUCCCUGCUGCAGCGAGCACCACCACAUCCGUGGCCGACUUGGAGGUCGUACCGCCCGAGACCGAGGGCGGAACGAGCGUGAUUGAAGAUGCUGAGCCCGUGAAACUACUGCUCCAGCAUCAAAACGAACUUCACGAUAGGUUGCAGCGCGAGCGCACGCCCCGUUGGAACGAAUUUCUUCGCAAGGUCCGCGUCGAACGGCAGCGCGAAAGGGAGGCGGCCACGGCGGCAGCCAAUGCGGCAGCCGAAGCCCGAUAUGAGCGUCCCUCCGUGAUCCUGCCCGAGGCUGCUCUGGCUGACGGCGAGCUCAUUGGGAUUACAGGUCUCGGGACCAAAGGCAAGGUCGGCCGCGCCAAGAGGCUUGAGUUCCGUAAUCUCGUCUUUGGCGGCAUACCAGUAGCCAUACGCCCUAAGGUUUGGUUUGAGUGCUCAGGCGCGGCACACCUUCGGGUGCCAGGUUACUACCAAGAUUUGGUCGCAAGAUCUGACAAGGGACUCGGCGAUGACGUCGUUAGGGAGAUCAAGGCCGACGUGACGAGGACCCUGACACACAACACGUUUUUCCGCAACGGAGCGCCCGGGGUACAGCGACUAGAUGAUAUUUUGACCGCUUACGCGUGCCGCAACCCUCAUAUUGGCUACUGCCAGGGUAUGAACCUCAUCACAGCGAACCUAUUGUUGGUGACUCCCUCGGCUGAGGAUGCGUUCUGGAUUUUGGCGCGCAUCGUUGAGAGUAUUUGCCCGACAGACUAUUACGACAAGUCUCUCCUGACGGCGCGGGCAGACCAGCAGGUGCUGCGUCAGCUCGUGACGGAGAUUCUCCCUCGACUGUCCGACCAUCUCGAUUACCUCGGCGUUGAUCUGCAGAUCAUGAGCUUCCAAUGGUUCCUCUCCGUUUUUACUGACUGUCUAUCGGCCGAGGCCCUGUUUCGCGUCUGGGACGUGGUGCUUUGCAUGGAGGAAGGCAGUCUCUUCUUAUUCCAGGUGGCAGUUGCAUUGCUCAAGCUCAAUGAGACGCAGAUCCUGCAAUGCGACUCCUCGACGGCCGCGUACACCUAUCUCAACCAUCAGAUGACCAACCAUGCGAUCAGCAUUGACAAUAUGAUCAAGGCGUCUGAGGCGUUGCGCCGGUAUAUCCAAAAGGAGGACGUGGACGCGCGGCGCAAGUCAGCCAUUCAGGCCAUGAAAAUUGCCGCUGACGAGAGAGAGGAGGCGAAUGCUGCUAGGAGGGCGCAGCGGGAGGACGCCGAGACCGCGGCUGCGUCGGUUUGA